GAAAUGUCUGAAAAGAAACUCUGGAAAGAGGCUGGUGGCUCUGUUAAAACCCUGGGCUGUGUAUUGUUCACUAAUCCUUUGGGUUUUUUGGGGGGUCUUUCUUUUGCAUGUGGGCAAAGCAGUGAAGGGGUUCAAAAAAAAGCACCUGACGGCCGCCGACUGCGAAGCUCUGGCGCAGAGUUUGGAAGGUUCAUCCUCCCUGAGGAGCCCCUUGGGUGAAAGAAGGAGCAGAGGAGAUGUGCACAGGGGCCUCCACCCCACCCCCCGGCCACGGGGACGUCGCUCAGGCCAAGGGCAGCAGAAGAACAUCACUGAUUACUUCAGGAUAUCUCAGACACAACAAGCAGUCCCUGGUAGGGUGAGGAAUGGUAAAAUCAAAGCAGAGCAGCUGGAUCUCAUCCUCCCUGAUCCUGAUGAUUCCUUCAGCAGUGCCUCCUCUGUGAUGGAGACCAGCAGUGACUCCUGCUCCUUUCUGGAGGACGAGGACUUUAAACCAGCUCCCAGGCAAAGCUCCAGGAAACGGCCUCUGGCUGCUGCAGCUGCUCCCAGGCCAGGGCAGGAUCUGUGGGCUGAGCCUGAGAAGAAGCCCACGGUGGUUCAUGCAGAACACAGGCAGAUCAAACAGGAAUGGGAUGAUCUGGAAGUGGAGCCCAUCCCUGAUGCACACUAUGGCCUCCUGGGCACUAGGGACUGGGAGGUGCCUCAGGGGAGAAUGGAGGAGCUGCCAGUGGAAGUCCUCAGGAAUAUCUUUGCUUUCCUACCAGUGACUGAUCUGUAUCAGAGCCUGAGCCUGGUGUGUCGUUGCUGGAGGGAGAUAGUCAGGGAUCCCCUGUUCAUCCCUUGGAAAAAGCUCUACCACCAAUACCUGAUGAAGGAGGAGUCAGCCCUGUGGAGAGUUGGAAAGAUCUUGCAGGAUUUUGCCAUAAGCAAGGAGCAGGAAGAGUGUGUGCUGGGGCUGGUGAGGUGUGUGUCUGCUGUGCCCACUGGGCAGAAGGUUGAUCCCAGGGCUGUUCUUCACUGUUUGAGGAGCCACCACCUCUUCCCAAAGGCUGAAUUGUGCGUGGUCAACAAGCUGCCACAUUUCCAGAGCAGGACAGAGCCUGAGAAGGUGUGGGCCAUAGUGACAGUCAUGGUGCUUUUCUCCGACGGCGUCGGCGACCUCCAGCAGCUGGUGGGGUGUCUGCAGAGACCCUGCUCCACCCUCUGCCUCGUGGAUGUCACCGAGAGGCUGUACUGCACAGCAACCCUGCUGUGUGCCAUGAGAGACAGGAACAUUGCCAUCACAAACAGGAUCCAUUACAAUGUUUUCUACUGCUUGUACCUGAUGGAGAAUUCUUCUGUAACUGUGCAGACAGCAGCAGAAGAGACACUGGCUUCAUGCUGCCAACGAGACUUAUGGGCCAGCAACUACCCUGAAGUAAAGCUGACUCAUGAACAGCAAAGGAUUUUGAACCACAGAAUUGAGCAUGGCCAAGUAGUGAAAAUCAUGGCAUUUGCAGGCACAGGGAAGACCUCAACCUUGGUCAAGUACGCGGAGAAGUUUGCUGAUCUGAAUUUCCUCUACAUGACAUUCAACAAAGCUGUUGCAGAGAGGGGCAGAAGUGUCUUCCCCAGAAACGUUACCUGCAAGACUUUCCAUUCCUUAGCCUUUGGAAGUGUUGGCAAACUCUAUAAAGAAAAGGGCAAGCUGAACUUCUCCAAGCUGUCUGCUUACUCCAUCAGCUUCCUCCUCCAGAAACGGAAGGGACAAUCUCUGUUUGUCAGAGGAAAAACAGUCUCACAGACCCUCGAGAGCUUUUUUGCCUCUUCAGAUGAUGAGAUCUGUGAAGAGCACACCCCUAUUUGGUUCAGAAAUACUCGUGGUGAAAGAGAACUGGUCAGUCCAGAAGAGAAGAGAGUGAGUGUCUGAAAUGAAGCAAGAUUUGGGCUGCAGGG